AUGGCUCUCACUGUCAAGAACAAAGUAGGAUUUGUCAAUGGUUCCAAUGUUAAACCAUCUGAUACUUCUCCUCUCUUUCCUCUCUGGGCUCUAUGCAAUAAUAUGAUCCUCUCUUGGAUUCUUAAUUCUCUUUCUAAAGAGAUUGCUGCCAGCGUGAUAUAUGUUGAUUCUGCUAGCGAUAUGUGGUCUGACCUUCAAGAAAGGUUUUCUCAAAGCAAUGGCCCUCGGAUCUAUCAAUUGCAAAAGUCUAUUGCCUCUCUCAUGCAAAAUGAUCUCUAUGUCAGUGCCUAUUUUACUCAAAUGAAGGGUUUAUGGGAUGAAUUGAUGAACUAUAGACCCUUACCUGUCGACUCAUGUGGAGGUCUGCGUACAUUGAUGGACAUGCAUCAACAAGACUAUGUUAUGCGCUUCUUGAUGGGGCUCAAUGGCUCUUUUUCAAAAAUUCAUGGACAAAUACUUCUAAUUGAUCCUCUUCCUCCUAUCAACAAGGUUUUCUCUUGUUCUUCAAGAAGAGCGCCAAAGAGAUAUUGGAUCUGUUCUAGUUCCUCACAUUCCAUCUGCUGA